AUGGAGGGUAGAAGUGAUGGUACGAUGGAGGAUGGUAUCCCUCCAGGGUCGGAAGAAAAAUCACCACCUGUCUGUGGGAUAGGGUUACGGGUGACGAACAUUGAGGGGAAUAAUCUGUUCCCUAGACGAGGUGUUUACUCUACCAACAAUCAUUCGGUGAUUGAUGGUUUGUUGGAAAUCUCAAAACCUGUGGAAGUGAAAUCUGGUUCGGCUUAUGGAGGAAGUGUUAUGGCGGCGGAUAUCGAUCCCCAUGCAAACCCUAGGAAUUCAGGAAAAUAUGGCUCGGCUUCUGAAGGGAAUGUCAUGGCGGCUGAUCAGGGUUUUAUGGGUAACAAGAAUACGGAUGUGUCUAAACCUGCUUCCUACGCGGAUUUGGUGAAAAAUCAAAAGGUGCAACAAGUGAAUUUCAGGUCUCUUGCUUGUUCGGAGCAGCAUGAAGAUUGUGACAUUGUUCUUCCUGUGGAAUCUGUUCGGGUAGUUCAAGACAAGCUAGCGAAUACCUUGUUUGGAUAUUUUUUGGGUGACCGAAUUGCGUUCCCUGUAGUUGAUUACUUUGUCAAGAUUAACUGGAAAAAAUUUGGAUUGCAGAAGUCAAUGAUGAACGCGAAUGGUUUUUUCUUUUUUAAGUUCGAAGACCGGAAAGGGAUGUUGGAUGCUCUAGCUGCUGGCCCGUGGCUGAUAAGAUCGCAACCAAUUUUUCUUCAAGAAUGGACUCCUAAUACCAAGUUAGAGAAAAAGGAUGUAAAGAAAGUUCAACUGUGGGUGAAAGUUCAUGAAGUCCCGAUUGCGGCGUACACGGAAGAUGGCCUUAGUAUGAUUGCGACUACCAUAGGUGAGCCGAAAAUGCUUGAUUCGUACACAACGUCUAUGUGUGUAGAUAAUUGGGGUCGUAGUAGUUUUGCUCGGGCCCUUGUGGAGGUGACAGCGGAAAAAGAGCUUAAAGAACGAAUAACUAUGGCUAUUCCCAAUCUGAAUGGAGACGGUUUUACGAAGGAAACUAUGUACGUUGAAUACGAAUGGAAUCCUUUAAGAUGCUCGUCAUGUUGUGUCUUUGGUCACUCUAAUGAGUCUUGUCCUAAGAAGCCGAAACCUGCUGGUCAAAAAGGUGGUACUACGCUAGCUAAUCAAGGUAGAUCGAAGACAAAGUCUACUCCUAAAAUUGAUGAUGAUGGGUAUAUGGGUGUGCAUAACAAGAAAGUGGCCAGGAAAACGGGUAUUAACAUACCAAAACCGAAACCAAAGUUUGAGUAUAGACCGAUCUCUAAUAGUCGUAAAGCUGAUCUGAAACUUAAAUCUAUUUCAACGGGUUUUCAAUCCUCAAACCCGUUUGAUGUGUUAAAUUCAGCUGAUGCGGAUGAAGGGCAAAGUAGCAAACAACAUAACGGAGAUGGAUAUGAUGAAUCUGAUGAUGAGGAGGUGAUAGAAAUUUACAAUGAGACGAACGAAUUCCUGGUAGGUGAAUCGUCAAAAUCGAGUAACUCCAAAGGGGCAAGCACUCCUUCUCCGAUGGUUACUGAUGAUAUUAAUAAUCUUGAUAAAGUGUGCAGUUCAGUUUUCCGGAAUUGGGAAUGGACGUCUAAUGGUGGCUAUUGUGACAGAGGUACACGUAUCAUUAUUGGAUGGGAUCCGGAUGUCUUUGAUAUAAUGGUUUUAGCUCAAACUUCUCAAGUGAUACAUGUUCAAAUGACGAUUAAAAGCGACAAAAAGGUUAUCUUCUGUUCGAUUGUUUAUGCUUCUAAUUCCUAUAUUACUAGGAGAGAUUUGUGGAGCCAUUUGGCUAGACAUAAAAUUCUGGUGGGUAAUCAACCUUGGAUUUUAAUGGGUGAUUUUAACUCUGCGUUGAAUUUGGUAGAUAAAUCAAUGGGAUCCUCUGGUAUCUCUGCUAGUAUGCGGGACUUUCAAGAGUGUGUUAAUCAGCUUCAAGUGGCAGAUAUUAAAAGCAUAGGGUUCCACUUCACGUGGACUCAAAAGCCAAAGAAAGGGGUUGGUUUACUAAAGAAGAUCGAUAGAGCCAUGAGUAACAUUCAUUUUGUUAGUGACUACCCGGAAGCGGUGGCGAUGUUUCAACCAUAUCGUGUAUCGGACCAUUGCCCGUGCAUACUUAGAAUCAACAAGACAGUAAGGAGAAAAGCAAGUUCUUUCAAGUUUGCAAACUUUUUGGUUUAUAAACCGGGUUAUUUGGAUGUGGUUAAGAAUAAUUGGGAUCUGGCAAUUUCGGGAGUGCAUCAAUUCCGUUUGGUCAAAAAGCUUCGUGCUCUUAAGUCUCCUCUUAGAUCUCUUUUAUUUAAGCAGGGUAAUCUUCAUAAAAAGGUAGAAGAGUUGCGUGGGAAAUUGGAUGCCAUUCAGAGGGAUGUAGAGAAAGACCCGUUCAAUGAAAAUGCUAGAUGUGAAGAAGUCGCGGCUACUCGUGCAUUUCAAGAAGCGUGCCUGGAUGAGGAAAGAUUUCUAAAGCAAAAAUCUAAAGUGGCUUGGUUACGAGCGGGGGAUGCCAACUCAAAAUUUUUUCAUUUGUCGCUGAAAUCUAGAAACCAUCGAACUCGUAUUGAAGGCAUUACGGAUGUAAAUGGGAUGUUUUGUGAAGGUCAGGCAGUUCCGGAAGCUUUUGUAAAUUUUUAUGAGACGUUCUUAGGGAGUGAAGGGGAUACGUCUUCGGUUCUGUCGCCGGAGAUGUUUCAUAAUCGUCUAAGCCGGAACGUUGCGGAUUUCAUGGUUCGGUCUAUUACAGUGGAGGAGGUAAAAUCGGCUAUUUUUGCUAUUGGUAAUGAUAAAGCUCCGGGUCCUGAUGGCUACACAGCGGCCUUUUUCAAGAGCUCGUGGGAUAUUGUUGGAACGGAUGUUACAAAUGCCGUUAUGGAUUUUUUUAAUGCAGGCCGGUUGCUCCAAGAAAUAAAUCAUACUCUUAUUGUGCUAUUACCGAAAAUGACUACCCCUGCUACGGUAAAAGAUUUUCGACCCAUUGCUUGCUGUAAUGUUAUUUACAAGUGCAUCAGUAAAAUUCUGUCGGAUCGGUUGAAGGUGGCCCUUAAUGACAUUGUUAGUAUUAAUCAAUCAGCCUUCGUUCCUGGUAGGAAAAUAUCGGACAAUAUUCUUCUCACGCAGGAAUUAAUGCAUAAUUAUCAUAAAGAUUAUGGCCCUCCUAGGUGUGCGUUUAAGGUUGACAUCCAAAAGGCUUACGACACUGUGGAUUGGAAAUUUCUUGAAGAUGUAUUGCUGGGUUUCGGCUUCAAUCAGUUGAUGAUUAAAUGGAUCAUGCUUUGUGUCUCUACUCCAUCUUAUUCUAUUUGUGUGAAUGGUAGUGUUCAUGGUUAUUUCAAAGGCAAACGGGGCCUCCGACAAGGAGACCCUAUAUCUCCUUACCUAUUCACAUUGGUGAUGGAAGUUUUGACGUGUCAGUUACAACAUGCCUCUUCUAUUGAUUCAUCCUUCAGGUUCCAUAACAAAUGCCAACGACAACGCAUUAUCAACCUGUGCUUUGCGGAUGAUUUGUUUCUGUUUGCUAGGGGGGACGUGAGGUCGGUUUCAUGUAUUAUGAAUGCUCUUUCUCAAUUUUCUCAUAUGUCGGGCUUGAUUCCCAAUGUUCAAAAGAGUACCAGCUUUUUUUGUAAUGUUUCGCAACAUGUUAAGGAGGCUAUUCUAGGAAUCAUGCCGUUUGUUGAAGGUGAGUUACCGGUCAGGUAUUUGGGGGUUCCGUUGAUUUCGACUAGGCUCUUAUACAAAGACUGUAGUAUUUUAAUUGAGAGAUUGGAGAAGCGUAUUUUAAAUUGGAAGAAUCGCCUUUUGUCUUUUGCGGGUAGGCUACAGCUGAUGCUCUCUGUCUUAUCUUCUAUGCACAUUUUUUGGGUUUCCGUGUUAAUUCUUCCGGCUAGAGUUAUCAAGGAGUUAGAAACAAAAAUGAGAAAUUUUCUGUGGUCGCAAGAUAUUUCAUUUCAAAGAGGGAAAACUAAAGUUUCGUGGAACUCUAUAUGUAAGCCGAAAUACGAAGGAGGUCUUGGGUUGCGAAGGAUUCAAGAUGUCAAUAAGGCCCUUAUGGUUUCGCAUAUAUGGAGUAUUAUUACCAAGCGGGAUUCUCUUUGGGUGCAAUGGAUAUACUCUAACAGGUUAAGGAAUUCUAACUUCUGGGAGUGCAGGAUUCCUUCAGUGUGUUGCUGGAGUUGGAGGAAGAUUUUGCAGUUACGACCAAUUAUUAGGAAUUUUAUUUGGUCAAAACUUGGUAACGGGGGGAUGACAUCCGCAUGGUAUGACCGUUGGUGUGAGUGCGGCCCUUUAGCCAGAUUCAUAUCUCCUCGUAUUAUUCAUGCAGCUAGGUUUUCCCUUCAGGAUUCGGUCAGUAAUGUCUGGGCGGAUGGCUCGUGGAAGUGGCCUGCGGCUUGGAGAGAUUUAUUUCCGGUAUUGAUUCAGCUUGAUUCCAUACGGCUUACUUCGAACCGUAGAGACCGUUUUCUUUGGAAGGAUGGGGAUAAAUCGUUUGAGUAUUCGUCUGCGUGCGUGUGGGAUUCUAUCCGUGCCAGGGAGACGGAAGUAGAAUGGGGGAAAGUGGUUUGGUUUUCUCAAUGCAUUCCUCGGCAUGCUUUCCUUAUGUGGCUUAUCAUGCGUAGGAAACUCUUGACUCAGGAUAAAAUUCUUCAAUGGGAUCUGUCGAGAAGAAAGAAUAUGAACAUGAUGUGCUGUUUAUUGUGUUUCAACAAUAAUGACUCUCUCGAGCAUCUGUUUUUCGAAUGUAAGUUCUCGACUCAGAUUUGGCUCUCAGUGAGGGAUAAGGUGAAUAUGGCCACUGUUGAACCGAAGUGGACUGAUGUCAUAAAUUGGCUCUUAGCGAGAGGAGCGUCUAAAUCGGUUUUCAAUUACUCAAGCCGUCUCACAGUUGCAGCUUCAGCGUACUUCAUUUGGCAAGAGCGUAAUGCUAGACUGUUUAAAAAUCAAACAAGACCUCCGGAUACUAUUACCUCCUUGAUUCUUCAGACUGUUCGUUACAAACUUAUGGGAGCAAAGUACAAAAGAAUGGAUAAAGUUAGACGCUUUCUAGAGCUGUGGGAUAUUCAUGAGGAUGGGAUGCUAGAAGACGCGGGCUAG